AUGGAAGAAUUUCUUCUUCGGAUCAAGGCUGUCUACGGUCCACCAACCAAAGGUACUGUUCCUCUUCUCAGCGCCGACGGAAAGGCCGUACUCACUGAAAAGACACAAAUUCUACAGCGAUGGGCCGAGCACUUCCGAGGUGUCCUCAACCUCUCCUCCACCAUCUCCAACGUCGCCAUUGUCGGUCUGCCUCAAGUGGAGACCAACGCCGACCUCGACCUCCCACUCUCUCUUCACGAAACCAUCAGACCCGAGCAGCAGCUCUUCAGCGAGAAAGCACUCGGAUCGGACGCAAUCCUGUUGAGAUCUACAAGCACGAUGGCCUCCAACUCAUAG